GCUUUAUUCUUUCAUAGAGGGCCAAGUGUAGCCAAGUGCCAGAUAGGGGUUAUCGCACAUACAGUAGUCUGUGUUCACGAUGACCCUGUCGGACUUCUGUAAAAAUCAGAUAAUUGGUACUUAUAUUAUUUAGGUAUCAAUUUAAAAAUUAUAGAAAUUGGAUGAAAACAAUACUUUUUAAUAUAUUGCAAAUGUUUAUAUAUUUAUUUAUCAAUCAAUACAGUAGAAAGAACAUACAUUGAGGUUAAUUUAUUCACUUCAAGUAUUUUUGGCGUUUGAUGUCCACACGACGAAAGAUUGUAUAGAAUUUUCAUGAGUGACAAAUAGAAAAACGAUGACAGAUUGUUUAAAGAAACCAGCUUUAUUUGUAGGAUCGGUUGAAGAGAAUAUUAAUCUUUCUGUGCCACCAGCAACGGGUGAGGAAUAUAUUAAACGUGUCAUAGUCGAAGCUCAAAAGUGCGACGACGUUGUGAUAGCACAGAUAGAUAGGAGACGACUCAAGGAUACUGGUGUAUAUGUCAAAGCCUUGGCAGGAUGCGUGACAGCUCCACACUCGUUAGCACCUGCAGCAGAGUGGCAAAAAUGUCAAAUCACAGACUUUUCUGAUAUUAGAUUAUAUGUUGCUCGUUUAAAGAGCGAGAUCCAAACUUGUAAACGAAAAUGGAGACCAUCAAGUAUAUGCAUGCCUGAAGUUGACGAUAAAAGUGGUUGGAUAAAAUUUUGCUUAGGAUCAAACACUUUUCAUGAAGAAUGCAAGUCUAAUGAUCCCACAUUAGAGAUUUUAUUUUCUAUGAAUCAACCAACCAUUGAACAGGUGCUGGAAUAUCUUAUAGAGUUCGUUGAAAUUCAGAAAAGGCUUGAAGAUGAUCUUGGAAGAUGGAUAUAUGCGCUUUUAGUAGUUCUUGAAGUUCCCUUGAAUCCAGAUAUGUGUUCUUGCUUGCGCUCCUUAGCAAGAAUAUGCUCUGUCCUUCGAGCUGACUUGAGCCCAAUAAAAAAAUCUCAGACAACUGUAUUAAAUUUAUUCAUCUGUUUGGUUGCACGGUACUUCCGUCAAUUAGACUUAGCGGAUCCUUGACAGUGUCAUCAUUGUAUAAUUUUACA